UACUGUCUGAUGUUCAGAAUGGGCUGAUAAUCGAUUAUCACACUCUGAUAAUCGAUUAUCAAACUUCAGAGAGGGCUGAUAGUCGAUUAUCACAUUCUGAUAAUCGACUGUUGCUCAGCUUUGUUACAAAAAUCUGCAGAACGAUGAAUAAUCGAUUUUCAAGUUGAUAAUCGAUUAUCCAUCGUCUUCUACCUCGAGCCAACUUGCGGAAAUGUCACUUUUACUCACCAAACUUCAAUUAAAGUAUAUAAAAAUGUUCUCCAAGGAUGUGUUUGCAAUUCUUACGUCGCCGUAUGGGCCCCAUGCAUGCAUGACCCUUUCUCCCAAUGCCCAAACCGAACUGCUUUUUCAUUCUUUAAAUGACCGGAGGAGAAAGAGUGAGUUGAUAAGGAGAGAGGAGUUUGGAUUACAUACAUACAAUUAUGGCAAAGGACUUGAGGCAUGUACUUGCCGGUUGCCUCACUGCUUCUAUGCUUCUUAUGCUCUGCAACAUGAUCAAGAAAGACCAUAUUGAUCCCCUUUUGGGAGAUAUUUCGGUAUAUUCGAACGGGAAAGAAGAAAAGGACGUGGCUACGAAACGGUAUCUUUCCACGGUAUACUCAGAAAGUUCUAGCCUGUGGGGAGGAGACGACAAUGAAGUCCUAAUCCCUUGCUGGAGAAAAUCAACCAAUGUGAAACCAAGACAAUCAAGGGGUUAUGUAUUUAUAACUUUGGCUCAAGAUGCGGAAUAUCAUUUGUUCGAGAUUGCAAAUGCCGUUGUUGUUGCUCAGCACCUUGGAGCCUCUCUUGUCCUUCCAAACAUAAGAUGGAGUGAAGCAGGGGAGAAAUGGAUGUUUGGUGAUAUUUAUGAUGUGAAGAAGUUGGUUGAAAGCCUGGAUGGGAAAGUGUCCCUAGCUAUGGAUCCACAAGAUGUAGAAGUAUCUAAUAGUAAAAAGGUUACCACAGUGAGGGUUCCUAACAUGGUUUCCAAAGAAUUCAUCAACUCGCAAAUCGAGCCGAUAUUCACAAGAACAAAUCUAUGGCUUGCCACUUACUUUCCUUCGCCAGAGCAUAAAAGCAAACCGAACCCAUAUGCAUGUUUGGCUAUGUUUGACACCCUCAAGUUGAGGCCAGAACUCCAAGAAUCUAUAGACUCAAUGGUCCUAACUCUAAGAAGCCUUAGCUCUCAUUCACGUGGGCGUUUUAUUGCAGUCGAUUAUAGGACUGAGACUCUGCUACACCAAAGUAGUAGUAAAUGUCACGAAGACAAUGCAACGACAGAAGCAAGAAACUGCAUUGAUGAUGCCAAACAUAUAGCUUUGUUUUUACAGAAGGUUGGUUUUGCAAAAGAAACAACCAUUUACUUGACACUAAAUGAGUGGCAUUCUAGUGUUGAACCUUUAAGAGAAGCCUUUCCCAACACCUAUACUAAGGACAUGAUCAUCCUUGCAAAUGACAAACCAAACUUCUUGGAUCCCAAACAUCCUGAACUUAGGGGGAUUACGGAUGUCUAUAUAUCCUCAGUGGCUGAUGUUUAUGUUCAAACUUCAACAAACGUGUUUUCUGACAAUGUUGUCGCAAGGAGAAUCGCUACUGGAAAGACACAAGUUCUUGUGCCGGACAAGGGAUCAUCAGAUUUGGAAAAAGACUUUGUUCCUACAUAUAUAUCCCUGAAAAAACAUUGGGCAUAUUCAUGUUUUUGUUGAUGAAAGUAAUUAAGUGAAUCUUGAAAAGUGUCCAUAUGCACCAGCGUUUUAAUUUUAUGAAUAUAUGUGGUUUUAACUUUUAAGAAUAAAUAUUGUUCAUUAAG